AUGGACGACCAGCCCAAACCUACGCCUAGACCGACUAACAUUACUUUUGACGACAAUUUGCCACUGCCCAGGCCUCCUGGUCGUGCGGAUACCAUUGUUCUUCACGUUCCCGGUCCCAUAGAUCGCAUCAACGGCCAGCCGAUCACUGAGAUUCCAGUUGGACGUGGUGAGAUUGAUGACACUGAUACGAUUCGACCUGUUCGCCGGUCAUCGGUCGGCUUGUCGAGACGGAGACCGCAUCACACCAAUGGUCCCGCGAUGCGUGCGGCCCUCUCCAUCGAGAAGGUCGCUUCUUCGAUGCUGGUCCUCGGACGGACAAGACACACCGAGACCGAAUCACGUCGCUCCGGAACGUUCAGCCGCUCCCGCACCCUAGAUCUUCCCAGACUAUCCCAGCAAGCGACCGUCGGGCGGAAUUCUCAGUUCUUCAACCUCACCGAACAAGACCGCGAACUUCUCGGCGGCAUCGAGUACCGGAGCCUGAAGCUCCUGCUCAGGAUCAUUUCUAUCUACCUCGUCGGACUCCAUCUCUUUGGAGUCGUCUGCCUCGUGCCGUGGAUACACAACGCGCCGUCAAAGUACAAGGACGUCCUGGCCCAGAGCGCGCAGGAUCGGACCUGGUGGGCCAUCUACUCGGCCCAGACCAUGGUCGACAACCUGGGCUUCACGCUCACGCCGGACUCGAUGGCGAGCUUCAGGGACGCGACCUGGCCCAUGCUCGUCAUGACGUUUCUCGCUUUUGCGGGAAACACCUGCUACCCCGUCUUCCUCCGCCUCGCCAUCUGGACCAUGUCCAAAGUCGUUCCUCGUACCUCGGCCACCAGGGAACAUCUGCAAUUCCUGCUGGACCACCCGAGACGGUGCUACACGCUCUUGUUCCCCAGCAAGCCGACCUGGAUUCUCUUCGGCAUAGUCUUCGCCCUCAACUUCAUCGACGUUUUGCUCAUCAUUGUCCUGGACCUCGACAACGCGGCCGUUAACGACCUGCCCAUGGGCCCGCGCAUCUUAUCCGCGCUCUUCCAGGCUGCAUCGGCGCGACACACGGGAACCGCGACAUUGAAUCUCAGCCUCGUCAACCCGGCUGUGCAGUUUAGUCUCUUGUCCAUGAUGUACAUUGCCAUCUACCCGAUCGCCAUCAGCAUCCGUGCGUCCAACACAUACGAGGAGAAGGCGCUGGGCAUCUACAGCGACGACAGCCAGCUCGACGAGAGUAACGGUGCAUGGUACAUCAUGUCUCACGUCCGCAACCAACUCAGCUUUGACCUGUGGUACAUCUUCUUGGGAACCUUUUGCAUCUGUAUCGCAGAGUCGGAACGUAUCAUGGAUCUCAACGAACCGCAAGUACCCCGACCUCUCCCCCCGUACGCCCCCGUCUUUUAUCGCUCACUAAAUUCCAGCGGCAACGUCGGGCUGUCCCUAGGACACCCGUCAGUCAUGACCUCCCUCAGCGGCGAGUUCACGACGUUCAGCAAGCUCGUCAUCUGCGCCAUGAUGACCCGCGGCCGCCACCGCGGGCUGCCGUACUCGGUCGACCGCGCCAUCAUGCUUCCCAGCGAGGAGGGCUCCUCGCAGUCCGAGAUGGCUAGGCGCGCCGCGGCGGAGCGGGAAGAGAGAUAUCUCAUGACCGACAAGCGCCACAAGCUGCUUUACACCAAGACUAACCAUACCAUGUGA